AUGCAGCACGCUCCAGCGCUGCUGGAACAGGGAUCCACGCACUCAGCGCAGCAGCAGGAGCUUCUUGAGGAGAGCGGCGGCGCUGUAGCGGGCGUCCGGGCGGCUGCGCCGCACAGCCAGCGGCAGCAGCGGCAGCAGCGGCAGCAGCGGCAGCAGCGGCAGCAGCGGCAGCAGCGGCAGCAGCGCAGCCCACAGCGCGCAAGCGGCGCGUCUGGAGGCUCCGCCGCGUCCGGCCCCGCAGCCAGCAGCAGCGAGGUUGGGUGCCAUUCACUGGACGACCGCAACCUCAUGCGCCAAAUCAAGGGCAAGGCGCCCGCCAGCGGCCGGCGCCGCGUCAAGGGCUGCACCCCGCCGCCCGCCGAUGACGUAAAACCCGAGCUCAGCGGCGCCAGCAAGGGCGACAGCGAAGGGGAGGGCCCCGACGGCGCCGGCCCGAGCCGCAAACGGAGGCGCGGCGGCGCCGGCGCCGGCGCGGGCGGCCGCCGGCGCCUGCAUUUUGAGGCGGGGUGGGAAGGCGCCGGCAGCGGCGGCGGCGGCGGCGGGGGGCGCGACGUGGACGCCGAUGUUUUGCAGUGCCUGCCCUCAGACGACUUGGAGGAGGGGUUUGCGGCGGAGCGGGAAUUCAUGCGGCGCCGGCAGCAGGAGGCGGAGGGCGAGCGUGCGGCGCGGGAGCUGCAGGCGGCGUGGGAGGAGGCGGACGGGGCCCCGAGCUCUGACGGCGGCCGCGGCGGCAGCGCCGACCGCGGCGGCGGCGGCAGCAGCGGCGGCGGCGGCGGCGGGGCCGGCCAGGAUUUGGAGGCGGGGCAGCAGCGGCGGCAGCGGAAGCGGCAGGAGCGCGAGGAGGCGGGCGGCUGGGAGGGUGAGGGGCGGGACGAGGGCGGCGGGCGGCGGGGGCCGCUGCCGGGCGGCGCGAGGCGGAAGAGGGCCUGGAUUCAGGAGGGGCAGAACCAGGUGCUUUCUGGAGGGCAGCUGAUGGAGGCUGAUGAGGAGGAGAGAGGAGAGGAGGACGAGGAGGAGGGGGAGGAGGGGUGGCACGAGAAUUCGCGGCUGCAGCUGAGCCAGCAGCAACGGCAGCAGCGGCAACAGCAGCAGCAGCAGCAGCAGCAGCAACGGCAGCAGCAGCAGCAGCAGCAGCAGCAGCAACGGCAGCAGCAGCAGCAGCAGCAGCAGCAGCAGCAACCAAAGCGGAAGCUGUUUAAGCCGCCAAAGGCCGAGGCUGGGCGCCUGCCGCCCCGCGACAGCGAUGGUGUCGGUGCAGCAGCUAGCCUGCACGGCGGCAGCGGCGGCGGCGGCGGCGGCGGCGCGCCCUUGAAAGGGGGCGUAGGCGGCGGCAGCGGCGGCAGCAAGCGGCCCGGCGGCGACAGUGGUGGCAAGCGGCCAGGCGGAGGCGGCGGCAAGCCGCCAGGCGGAGGCGGCCGCGGCGGCAGUGGCGGCGGUGGCGGCGGCGGCGGCAGUGGCGGCAGUGGCGGCGGUGGCGGCGGCGGCGGCGGUGGCGGCAGUGGCGGCAGCGAUGACGAGUUUGAGUUUGUCGGGAAGAAGGCAGGCACCGCCUUCAGCGGCGCUGCCGGCUGCGCCCUGCUGAGGCGCAAGGCGUACGCCCUGGACCGCCAAGCGGCUGACGAGGCGGACAAACUGGCGGACCCCAGGGACAGCGCGCCCCUCCUGGGGAUGAUAUCCAACAGUGGCUUCCUGUUUGGCAACGUCUCGCGGCCGCGCGAGGGGGUGAGCCGGCUGGGGCCGGGGCGGGGGCGUGCGGGGGCGUACCAGAAGGGUGUGGGGUGA